AUGAAGUACGCCACCGUUUUCCUCGCUGCGGCGGCGACCGUCUCCGCCCACUCGACCUGGCAAGAACUUUGGGUCGGCAGCGAAGAUAAGGCGGGCACAUGUGUGCGAACUGUCAAAGACAACAGUCCCAUCACCAGUCUGACCUCUCCCGACAUGUUCUGCGGACGCGGCCCAGCGUCCACAUCUGGGGUUUGCGAAGUCGCCGCCGGCAGUUCCCUAACCGUCGAAAUGCACGCCCAACCCAACGCACGCUCCUGCUCCCAACCCGCCAUCGGCGGCAACCACUACGGCCCCGUCUUCGUCUACAUGGCCAAAGUCGCCGACGCCAAAACCGCCACCAGCGGUUCCUUCUUCAAAGUCGCCGAAGACGGAUACACGGGUACAACAGCGUCCUGGGGCACCGAGAUCCUUAAUGCGAACUGCGGAAAGCGCGCCUUUACCGUGCCCAAGAACAUUGCUUCCGGGGACUACUUGGUCCGCGCCGAGGCGAUUGCGCUGCAUGCUGGUGCGAAUAACCCGCAGCCGUAUGUUAGUUGCUUCCAGGUCAAGGUUACUGGGGGUGGCAGUGCGACGCCGAGUGGUGUUAGCUUUCCGGGGGGUUACAAGACUAGUGAUCCUGUCUUUACCAAGGCGAUUUAUGAUUCUAGCUUCAAGUAUGUUAGCCCUGGGCCGGCGGUUUACUCGGGUUGA